AUGGGGGACGGCCUGACGGCAUUCAACACCCUUCAGGGGAGCUUCGGCCUACCCGACGCCAUCUCUGACCGUGAGCUCGUGAAGGCCGGUAAGAAGACGGCCAUCCAGUGGUGGACGUGGCACGGGACGGAGCACCCCGAGCUGACAACGCUUGCUUGCCGCGUUCUCUCUCAGCCAGUGUCCGCAUCGGGGUGUGAGAGGAACUGGGCAGUGUGGGAAUUGAUCCACACUGCUAAGCGCAACAGGUUGGGGUCCGAGAAGUGUCGGGACCUCGUGUAUGUUGCGCACAAUUGGAACAUUGUGCGCAACUGGCACAAGGGGGCUGAGUGGGUGACGGUUCUCCCGGGGAACAUCCCUGAGGCCUCCCUGCCGGAAGGGUACAACGAGGUUCUGGAGGAGGAUGAGGAGGAGGGGGAGGAGGAUGAGCUGGAGGAUGAGUACAAGUAG